UAUGAUUGAUUUUUCAAUUUUUGCAAAGCGCAUAAAUAGUCAUUGAAGUAGAAGGUUAUAUUACAACAAUUUUCGUUUAGAGUAGAAUGGAUCUUGAUGCUGAACUAAAAACAGUAGUAUAAAGACUACCAUGGUAGUUCAACGGUCAAGUCUUGUGGCUUGUCACUUGGUUUGUGUAUGCAUGACAUGAGGCCGUGCAUGUGUAUAAAUUGCAGUUGGAAAAUGUGUCAAAGUGUGUCAUGACAUGAUUGUGUUUUUUACUUGUUUAACUGUUCGCACUUUGUUUAGCGCCGGUGAGCCGGUCGGUUUCGUUUGAAUUCUAUGAGAUUGGAAUUUAAAUUUAUUCAUGUAAUCGUAAGCUGCGCAUGAAAAUGAAAAGAUUUUUCGAAGUAGUUUCGAAGGACCCGCAGCGGGCAUCUUCAAGUUCUGAACCUGACUCGGAAAGCACCGAAGGAAUUAAUGAAAGUCCGGAAAAGGAUAAGGAAUGUGAAAAAUCGAAAAAGCAGAAAUAUGAACAAAAGUACGUAAAAUACUGGGAAAGUGAAUUUAAAUGGUUAUCUGAGGGAACAAAAGGCUGUCAUUAUGCAUUCUGUAAAGUGUGCUCUGUAGAUGUAUACAUAGGGAAGAUGGGUAAAAGUGCAAUUAAAUCCCAUGCAAACACCCAAAUACAUACAAAAAACGCUGGAACGAUUUCAUUAAACCUAGUGCAACAAAAUAUUGAACCAUUAUUUAGUUCAGCAUCCAAGACUGCUGUUAUUGAUGCCGAGAUUAUGAUGGCAGUAUUUGUUGCGGAACAUAAUUUGGCAUUCUAAAUAAUGGGUCACUUACCGCAAUUCGUUAACAAAAUUACCCCGGAUUCGAAUAUUGCCAAAAAAGUAAAGUGUUCUAGGACGAAAAUGGUAAACAUUUUACGGAACGUUUUGGGAAUAUCUUACAUAGAAGAAAUUGUUGAUUUGUUAAACGCCAAUAAAUUUUCUUUAAUUAUUGA